GCGGGAGGUUGUGGAGCGUGGUGGCUGCGGACGCCCUCCAUUCUGCGCCCUCGCCGGCCUCAGCUCCCGGCCGGGCCAGCCUGCGGAUGGGGAAGCUGAGGUGCAGAGCAGGGAACGGAGGAACCCAAAGACACACAGUGGAAUGAGCAGGGAGGACAACGUCCAGCAGCCACAAGGGAUGCUGCUGGCCCAGCUGCCAUCUGAAACGAGCUCCUCACAAGGCUUUGGGGCGGUUCUGUGCAGGGAUGGGGAAACUGCAAAGCAAGCUCAAACAUAGCACUUAUAAAUACAGCAGGCCCGAUGGGAUUAUAGAAGAGAGAACUCAAACUAGAGCUUGUCUGGAGUAUAGCCCAGCUCACGUGGAUAGUGUCUCUGUCGUUGCUGCUCUGAACUCAGACCUGUGUGUCUCUGGAGGAAAAGAUAAGACAGUGGUGGCCUAUAACUGGAAAAGUGGAAAUGUGGUGAAAAGGUUCAGAGGACAUGAACGAGAGAUCACUAAGAUAGUCUGUAUUCCCAGAUCCAGCCGGUUCUUCAGCGCCUCUCGUGACAGGACAGUCACAAUGUGGGACUUGCGUGGCCCUUCCCAGCCAAGGCAGCAGUUCUCUGGCCAUGCCAUGGUGGUCACUGGAUUGGCUGUGAGUCCAGACUCGUCACAGCUGUGCACUGGCUCUCGGGACAACACCCUGCUUCUGUGGGACAUUGGGACCGGACGGUGUGCAGAGAGAGCUUCCAUCUCGAGGAACCUGGUCACUCACCUGCGCUGGGUCCCCCACGAACCAUAUGUACUACAGACUUCUGAAGAUAAAACCAUCAGAUUAUGGGACAGCCGGGGGCUGCAGGUAGCUCAUGUAUUUCCCGCAAAGCAGCAUAUUCAGACCUACUGCGAGGUCAGUGAGGACGGACACAAGUGUAUCUCCUGCAGCAGCGGCUUUGGAGGGGAAGGCUGCGAAGCCACGUUGUGGGACCUAAGACAGACUCGGAACAGAAUAUGUGAAUAUAAGGGGCAUUUCCAGACUGUUGCAUCCUGUGUCUUUCUACCAAGAGCACUGGCCUCGAUGCCUAUAAUUGCUACCUCAUCGCAUGACUGCAAAGUGAAGAUUUGGAAUCAAGAUACUGGAGCCUGCCUGUUUACCUUGUCCCUGGAUGGAUCAGGACCUUUGACUUCCCUGGCUGUUGGCGACACCGUCUCCUUACUGUGUGCAAGUUUCAGCAGAGGAAUUCACCUGCUCAGAGUGGAGCACAGCCGAGGGCUGGAGCUUCGAGAAGUGGCAGCAUUCUGAGGCCAGGAGACACUCACUGGACAAUAUCAAACUGUGGCC